AUGGCGACCGGCGUGGACCAGCCAAGACGGCGAUAUCUUUACCUACUACCAUGGGGUACAAUAGUGCUUCUCAUAGCGAUCGUCCUCAGAGUCUUCUUCAACGAUCGGCUUCCUUUGUUUCUGAGUUUUGAUCGAUCGGCUCGGCCUAAGGAGAGUUCAAUUUGGUGGUGGAGAUGUUCGCAAAUUCACCACCCCUUCAUGGAAGGCUGUGAACAUAUCUGGUUAGAUCAUCGAGACAGAAAACUCUACGGUGCAUGUACCAAUGCUACAUCUCCAAAGGACUGGAAUCCUGGAGGUGACGCUGCUACCACAUGGGCGAGAUCUCGUCGAGAUCAUAUUGCGGUCUUGGAAUUGGAUCCCGCCGGCCGGGACGAGUACAGAAUUCAGCGAUUGGACAUCCCAAACAACUUCCAUCAAAACUUGAAUUUACAUGGCUUUGAUGCGCGCCGUAUCGGCAACAGAAUUCGUUUCUGGCUGACGAACCAUACGCCAGUCCUGGAUUCAAUUACAGGCAAAGCCCUCGAUGUUCAGACCGAAUCGAGUAUCGAGAUUUUCGAUCUCAAUCCGAAAUCCGGCAAACUGGUGCAUGUCAAAAGUAUUCUCAGCGAAGCGCUGGAUUCUCCCAACAAUUUAGCUGUCGAUCCAGAUGGAAAGGGAUUCUUGGUGAUCAACGGCGGUCGCACUAAGCUGGGACCUUUCCGUGGAGGUCCGUUUCAAUUUGGCAGCUCGAGCAUCUCAUACUGUCGAACAGAUACGGGUUUAUGCCGGACUGUCGCCAGCCAGGGGUUUGAUCUUGCAAAUAGCAUUGCCAUGGGCCACGACGGCUUAGCUUAUAUCUCAAUGUCUUCGACCGGGACGUUAGCAGUCUACAAAAUGACUGGAAAUGAGCUGACCCAAAUCGAUGCUCUCUCGCUGGGCUCGGCACUCGAUCACCUCUCCGUGGAUGCUCGAGGAAACAUUCUCAUUACUGCAUUCACAGACCCUGUCGAAUUGCAAGAAGCAUCGACAAAUCCUCAAGCCUCCGUGACUGCGGGAACAGUCCUGAUGGUCCAGAAAAAGAACGGCCGAUCACAAAAAUCGGACGAGGAGCAGUAUGUGCUGCUGCCGAUGAUCGAAGAUGAAGCUGCAAAGCUCAUGUCAACAACCACGACGGCUGUACACGAUGUUCAGUCCGAUCGCAUUUUCUUAGCUGGUGUGUUUUCGUCGGGUAUUAGUAUAUGUCAAAAGCGAUCUUGA